AUGUCAUCCGUGGAAUCAUCCAGCUCCCUCCUAAUCCCUCCCAACCCUUCUCUUUCACCUACCAAACCAUCUGCAUCAAUCCUCUUGAACGGUAACGGUCGAGAAUCCACUCAUGUCAGAUCACCUGAACCACCACGCACCACUACUCCAUUGCCACAUACAUCAGUAUUCAACGCAUAUCCUCUCUCACCUUCUUCCUCCCCCUCCUCCUUCCCCUCAUCCCCCACAUUAUCACGUUCGACCUCAUCGCCUCAUCCUUCAUCAGCCGCACUGAACUCUAGACGAUUAUCCACACCUAAAAUAUCUUUCGCACCUCUACCCACCAUACCGAAUGAACUAAAAAGACGCAAUUCGAUCAGCAUAGGUGUAGCCUCCCGUAAGCACCUUUUGGGCGGUGGGAAUGGACCAAAUAAGAUUGUGAUGAGUGAUGAGGAGUGGGAAAAUUACAAGAAACAUUAUGAUGAGAAGAGCGGUAACGAUCCAAUAGAUCUAGGUCAGGUAGCUAAGCAAGGUGCUAAAGCAUUAUGGGGUAAAGUCAAAAGCAGAAGAUCAUCCUCUGUAUCUUCACAAUCAUCAAUCACAUCUUCAACCUCAACCACUUCCACUUCAACUUCCAACGUAUCGUCGUCCGCUCCUGCAGCUGCAGCUGCAGCUGCACCCGCUCUAUCCGGCUCACUCAACGGUUUGGGUACUGUAGAAGAAGAUGAAGAGCAGUAUGAAACUGUGCAGACAGGCCGAGGUAGAUCGCUGUCCCCCCGAAGAGGAAAUCUACAUACGAUACCUGGAUCACCACCACCCAGACAAGCGAGUCUCGAUAGCGAAUCAUCACCUAGUACCACUACUAGUGUUAUAUCAGAUACAGAGUCGGACUUUGGCGACACCAUAUCAGAAGCGGAGGAACCUUCUUAUCCUUCUUAUACACCUGGUAAUAGGGUAGCAGUAGGGGAGGCAUCAGAAUCGAUGAAACACAAGUUACUUCAUUUGGAGGAGAUGGGAGAUCAGAAAGAUGGAGAUGAGACACCACGCAGAUUACCUUCUCCGCCACCGAGAAAGGCAGAUGUGGAACCGUUACCUGAAGAGAACCAGGACGAGGACGAAGCGGAAAAUGGUGAUGGUAGAAAUACACCUGGUGGAUACAGGGCGAGAGAAAGUCAAUGGGAGAGAGAUCAUCAUGAGAAGAAGGGUAGGACGGAGAUUCUGGGUUUUGAUCCUGAGAGAUUUGGUAGAGCUUUGGAUCUAGCUGCUAAGAAUGGAGAAAUCAAGAGGGAUUGA